AUGCCCGCAAUAGUUGGAUUUAAGCCCACAGAUGUGCCACCAACUGCUGCUGUGAAGUUCAUCGGUGCUGGGACGGCAGCAUGUAUAGCCGACCUGUUCACCUUCCCACUGGACACUGCGCUCCAGAUCCAAGGAGAGACCAAAGCUCCAGUCAACAUGAAGGCUGCCCAGUACACGGGAGUCUUCAGCACGAUCUCUACAAUGGUGAAGACUGAGGGUCCAAAAAGCCUGUAUAAUGGUUUGGUUGCCGGUUUGCAGCGACAGAUGAGCUUUUCCUCCAUCCGUAUUGGACUGUAUUACUCUGGAGAGGAAGGCAUGCUUGGCCUCUGGAAAGGUGCCACACCCAACAUAACCCGAAAUGCAAUAGUUAACUGCACUGAGCUGGUGACUUAUGACCUGAUCAAGGACACGUUGCUGAAAUCCAACCUUAUGACUGAUGACCUUUCUUGCCAUUUCACCGCUGCUUUUGGAGCCGGAUUCUGCACCACAGUGAUUGCCUCCCCAGUUAAUGUAGUGAAGAUAAGAUACAUGAACUCUGCCAUGGGCCAGUACAAGAGCUCCCUGAACUGUGCACUCACCAUGUUUAAAAAGAAGGGGCCCUUAGCAUUCUACAAAGGAUUCAUGCCUUCAUUCUUGAGGCUAGGUUCUUGGAAUGUGGUUAUGUUUGUUACCUACGAACGGCUUAAGAGGGCUAUGAUAUCUGCCAAAUUGUCAUAG